AUGGGUGAUGAGAUUACUUACACAACUGUGAGAUUCCAUAAAUCUUCAGACUUGCAGAAUCGAGGAAGGGCUGAUGAGACACAAGGGCCCAGAGAAGCUGGCCACAGAGAAUCUUCAGUCCCUUGGCACUUCAUUGCAAUACCUCUUGCAAUCCUUUGUUCCAUUCUGCUGGUGACAGUUGCAGUGUUGGUGACACACAUUUUCCAAUAUAGUCAAGAAAACCAUGAACUACAGAAAAAUCUAAACAACCCCAAUCAAAGGAAUAUCACCAUGCAAAAUAACAGCUGCUUGAAUGAAACUUUGAGAAGUAAGUCUACAGGGUGUGAUGACUUCAAACAUCAGAAGGAACCAGACACUCUCAAUAGAAAACAGAACCGAUGCUGUGGGAAAACUAAGGUUGUUUUUGAUUGUGUGCAGCACACAGGAAAACCAGUUGAAGGACACUUGUUCUGCUGUGGCAUAAAAUGUUAUUAUUUCAUCAUGGAUGAUAAACCCUGGAGUGGAUGUAAACAGACCUGCCAGGACUGCAGCUUAUCCCUUUUGAAGAUAGAUGAUGAUGAUGAACCGAAGUUCUUACAGUCCCAGCUUACUACAAACAGAUACUGGAUUGGAUUAAAAUAUAACGGAAGCAAAAAGGAAUGGCAAUGGACUGGCGAUGGCCCAUCUAAACUUAAUUUGAAAACAGUGAAAUUAUUACAAGAUGGAGGCUGUGCACAUCUCAGUUUUGGAGGUAUACGUGAAGAUGACUGUGGUAGAAACCACCCCUGUAUCUGUGAAAGGAGAAUGGAUAAAUUCCCUAGUUCCAUGUAUAGUGUGAAGGAAAAGUAA